AUGGACUUAGCACUGGCGAACCCAUUCGCUUUAGACCGGCCAGAGACGCUCGAGCACACGCUAGACGCAGGAGCGACAUGUGCGGCGUACAACCACGGGGGCAAGUACAAAGGCACGUUACUUGCGACCGGGCGGUUUGACGGGUUCGUGAAUAUCUGGGACAUGCUCACUCUAGCGCCGCUGCGGGUGUUGGAGGCGCACGUGAAGGCUGUCGUGACGGUGAGCUGGUCAGCCAACUCGCGAUAUCUUCUGUCGGCGUGCAGGGACUGGAGCUGUGUGCUGUGGGACGUGGAGACGGGCGAGCGCGUGCAUACUAUCAAAUACGACGCUCCAGUGCAGGAAGCCUUCCUGCACCCGUUCAUUAGCACGUCUGUCGUUGCCACGCUGUCCACCCAGCAGACUUACCUCGUCGAUCUCUCCCAGCUGAGACAAAAAGAGAAACUCGCCAAGACUGAGAUAGGUAUGCUCUGGGAGACGGAUUCUAACGGCCAGGCUAUUCAGCGGUCGCAGAUGACAACCGCUAUGUUUUCCCCGAGUGGCCGGUUCAUUGUGGGGGGAACGUCGCAGGGCUGUCUGCUUAUUUUUGAAUUACCGAGUUUGAAUGUCAUAUCAGAGACUGCUAUCUGCAAUGGCGCAAUCAAGCGGAUUGCAAUCGAUAACAGAGACAGACUUGUCGCUUGUACUUCGCGAGAUCGCACUAUCCGCGUCGCUAGCAUUUCCGACGACCUGCGCCAGAUAACCACGCUGUUCCGCUUCGCCGACGAGAUCGACAGAACGAUAUGGAAUGGCGUGACCUUCUCCAACGACAACGAGUACAUAAUAGGCGGCAGCGGACAUAAAGCGGGACAUUAUAUAUACAUAUGGGACACGACAUCGGGGACACUGAUCAAGGUGGUCGAAGGACCGCGCAGUCCGCUGCACGACGUGAUCUGGCAUCCUACCAAACCACACAUGGCGAGCAUAGACAGUCAUGGGCAGAUACUGACGUGGACAACAAACAACAAACAGCGCUGGGCAGCAUUUGCACCGGGAUUUGAAGAGCUCGAGACGAACAUCGAGUACAAAGAGAAGGAGGAUGAGUUUGAUAUUUACGUGGACCAGGAUAACAAGGUGGUGAAGGGCGUGGAGGAUGAGCGGGCGGUGGACGUGGAUGGGGUGAACGAGGGAGGUGAGAGGAAGGUGCCUGAAUAUCUACAAGGCUAUGUCGAUAUCGACGACGAUUACAACUUUUUCCCUUCGCAGCCAGACUUGAGCGAUGUCGAGCAAGUUGAGUGA